GUGGUCUUUUACGUAACGACGCGAGCGCACCAAUCGCUCUCACGAUUUUCUCACAAAUUGCGGGUUUAUUGCACCAUUUUUCCACGCUUUUCGUAGUGGGAAAUUGAAGAAAAUCCGAGGGAUAACAAUUAGUGGAGCUUUGGAACAACAACAGUAACGUACUAGAAUCGACAAAUGGCCGCCAAUUUCUUCAACAGAUUAGGACAAAUUGGUUUGGGAGUUGCUCUCACUGGUAGUGUUGUCAACUCUGCCCUUUAUAAUGUCGAUGGAGGUCACAGAGCCGUAAUAUUCGACAGAUUCCAAGGAAUAAAGCCAAACGUAGUGGGUGAAGGCACCCACUUCUUCAUUCCCUGGAUCCAGAGGCCCAUAAUUUUCGACAUUCGUUCACAGCCGAGAAAUGUUCCUGUCAUAACAGGCAGCAAAGAUCUCCAGAAUGUCAACAUCACCCUGCGUAUUCUCUUCAGACCUGUACCAGAGUCGUUACCCAGGAUUUACACAAUUCUCGGUGUUGACUAUGACGAACGUGUCCUGCCCUCCAUCACGACUGAAGUCCUGAAGGCUGUCGUUGCGCAAUUCGAUGCUGGUGAACUCAUCACACAGCGUGAGGUAGUCUCGCAAAAGGUCAGCGAGGAUCUGACGGAGAGAGCUGCACAAUUCGGUGUCAUUCUCGAUGAUAUUUCCAUUACUCACUUGACAUUUGGCAAGGAAUUCACUCAAGCCGUUGAGUUGAAACAAGUGGCUCAGCAAGACGCAGAGAAGGCUCGUUUCCUGGUAGAGAGAGCCGAACAGCAGAAGAAGGCAGCAAUUAUCAGUGCUGAGGGUGACGCAACAGCUGCAAGUAUGCUUGCAAAGGCUCUCGGCGAAGCUGGAGACGGUUUAGUCGAAUUGAGAAGAAUCGAAGCUGCCGAGGACAUUGCCUAUCAACUAGCUCGCUCUCGACAGGUCGCCUACCUUCCAUCUGGCCCCGGUCUCCUCCUCAAUGUUCCACAGUAAAAUUUCCAGACAUUGUCGGUAAUUUGACAGAGAAUAUUAAUAUUACAUACCGAGAAAGUGGACAAAUGGUGUAAAGACGGAAUACUUUAUCGCAUUCAUUGUAUAAAGAGGCAUUUUGUAGUAAUGGUGUGAAGUUGAAAGCUUCCCCUGUCUGUUAAUUUAGAGGAGCCUUUGGAGGUAAAGGGAGAAUUGAAGAUUCAGUUUUUUUAAUUCAUGUCUGUCUUGUGGAGUAAAUGAUAGAAACUAUUGAUUUUUCGAGUUUAUUGGGUUUUCCAAUUUUACGUCAAUAAAUUCGGCAUUUUCACGA